AUGGCUGACGUCAAAUCUCCAGCCCAGGCAGAGUCUGUUCGUGUCUCUCGCGAAAAGCAAGAUGUUGACCAUCUUGAGAAGUCUGAGAGGGCCUCAAUCCGAGAGGAAGAAUCAGACCCUGUCGAAGCGAGGAAGAUCAUUCGGAAGAUUGAUUAUCGUAUCCUCCCUCUUCUCAUCCUGUUGUACACUCUUACGUUCCUAGACCGUGUCAAUAUUGGCAAUGCUCGUCUCUGGAAUAUGGAGAAGGAUCUGAAGAUGAGCGGAAACCAAUACAACCUCGUCGUCAUGAUCUUCUAUGUUCCUUACAUUAUUCUCGAGUUACCAUCAAAUAUGAUUCUUUCGCGAGUUCAACCUCGAUAUUACAUUUCCUUCCUAGUGAUGGGUUGGGGCCUGUCUGUUACUUUUGCUGGUUUCUGCAAAUCCUUUGCCGGUUUGAUGACUGCUCGUGUUUUUGUCGGAAUCUUUGAGGCCGGCAUGUUUCCUGGAUGCUUGUUCCUUAUCGGUUCAUGGUACCGCCGUCACCAGCUUUUCACUCGAAUGGCGUGGUUUAUGGUAUCCAACGAUAUUGCAGGUACAAUUUCUGGCCUUCUCGGUGCCGGCUUGGGAUCUCUCGACGGUACGGGCGGAUACUCUGGAUGGUCAUGGAUCUUCUUCAUCGAAGGUGCAAUGACGUGCGCCGCUGGUGUUUUGGCCUUCUUCUUCCUUCAGCCUUUCCCUCACGACGCCACAUUUCUCAAGCCGGAGGAGAAGGCAUGGCUGCUUCGCAGCCUCGAGCUUGACUCCCAGAGAAAUGGUAUUAAGCACGAGAAGAUGACAGCCAAGGGCGCUUUCCGGGCCCUCAGGGACUGGAAGGUUCUCACUGCUGGCGUUCUUUACCUGGCGGUCUGCGUGACGGCUUACUCAAUUUCCGUCUUCACGCCAACUAUUCUCCAAACUUUUGGCUGGAGCAGUAUGAAGUCCAAUCUGCUCUCCGCACCCAUCCGCAUUGCUUCAGGUAUUGUCUCAGUCAUUAUGGGAUACAUCUCCGAUAAACUCAAGCGCAGAGGCUAUUUCUGCGUCGGUGGAUUCUCCUUCAGUAUCCUUGGCCUCUUCUUGGUGAUGUUGAUUCGCGACGGCAAUGUUCGAUACGGGGGGCUGUACAUUUCGGCCAUCGGUAUCUACAUCUGCCAGCCUCUUGUUAUAGCGUGGUGCACCAACCAAGUUGUCGGCAAUGUCAAGCGUGGUACUCUCACUGCUUUUGCCGUCAGUUGCGGACAGAUUGGUGGAAUCAUCUCCGCCCUCGUGUUUCCAUCGAGCGACGGACCUCAGUAUAUUCCUGGCGUGUCGGUCUGCAUUGCCUUCCAGGUGACGGGCAUAAUCGCGGCCAUCAACAUGUGGGUGUGCUGCGCCUGGGAGAAUCGCAAGCGAGAGGCAGGGAAGCGUGAUCACUUACGAAACCUGCCGGAGGCAGAUAUUAAUGAUCUCGGAGAGAAACACCCCGACUUCCGGUAUACCCUGUAA